CAUUCCAUUUAAUUAUGUCUACUUUAAACUUGUCGACUCCACUGGACGAUUAUUUUGACCUUAAAGACAUAUCGGCCUAUAAACAUUUAAAAGCUGUGACAUUUCUGGUUUUGCUUCUAUUAAACUUUUUUAUGUUUCCUUUUUAUGUAUAUGUUUUCAAAGCGAAUCGCGUAUUGGACAAAGAGAUUCCCAUCUUCCCGUUUGUGAAUCAUUUUUACAGUGUGAUAAGAAUGGUUCAAAUUAUUUUUCUUUGUAUGUGUACUGUAAUAAUUUUUAUCAUUCUUGCUUAUACAUUACGGUCAACAAGUCUAGUCAUCUUGACUUUGGCUGUAAUGAUAUUUGUGGUUCUUAGUGGCAUCUUUGUUCUUAUCGGAACGUCAGAAACAUUCAACAUGUUGCUUUUUUUGCUAGCUAUUACUAGAGCGGUAAUUUAUUUUUGGCCGUCCAAUGAGAAAAAAAUAAAGACCAUCCUCAUCCAUAUUCAUAAAAGAGUUCACUACUUAUACUUCGCAUUUAUCACAAAAACGGUGAUAUUCUUUUUUGUAGCUAUGUAUAUGGAAUGGACAGAUACGAAUAUAUGGUAUAUUCUUCCCGCUUUCGUGUCGAUUCAAGUUUUGUUACACGUAUUGAUAUUUGUGUCUGCCAUUCUUCACAUUCCAAUAAUGAUCAGUAUUCGAAAGUUGUCUUAUUUGGCGUCAGCUCAGCAAAAUAAUCCACAAAGAUACAUUCUAUGGCAAAUAAUUAGUGUUCUGAUGUUCAAAUUGAUAGCUUUACCGUACAUCAUAUUUGGGAUUUUCGACAUUGAUUAUGUUCUUGAAAUUAUCCCAUUCGACUGUUUUUUGUUACCUAUAAUAGUUCAAAUAUCGUACUUGGGAUGUAACAGGCGAAAUGUGGAAACUUUGCUCACUUCAUUCCAUUUGAAGAAGUUUAUUCAAGUUUUGUUUGACCGUCAGACUGCAGUAAAUCCACUGUCAACAACAGAUCAAAGUACUCGUUUCUAGAUGUUUUAUAGCAUUUCAAAGCAAGUGCUACUACAACACAUUCCUACGCAAACAAACAACUGAAGGUCUGCGUGCACAUCGAUCGAUAUCGGCUGAGCAUGAAUAUUUUUUGAUGCAGGUGAAAUUUAUGCCACCUCACGGUUCCCAUAUCUGAAAUAGCUAGUUUCUCAAAUUUCUGAUGA